UGGAGGAAUAAACAACACUUUCCUUUGGAUGGAUUAUAGUACAUGUGAACUGCCAGUUACUCUUCAAGAAUAAGAAAAGCCUUUUGCUUUCACUUGUUAAAUAUCAGCUGGAUAGCAAAAAGCAUCUGAAUGGCUCACGCUCACAGCAGACCAUCAGUUGAAUGGGAUCAGCACUUCUACUAAAACAUCCGAAGUUAAGGAUUUGGAAAAGAGGUUUUUGCAGAGAUGACCCAUUUACAAGCUGGACUUAGUCCAGAGACUAUAGAGAAAGCCCGCCUGGAACUGAAUGAAAACCCAGACAUUUUGCACCAGGAUAUCCAGCAAGUCAGGGACAUGAUCAUCACGAGGCCUGACAUUGGGUUUUUACGUACAGAUGAUGCCUUCAUCUUGAGAUUUCUCCGAGCCAGAAAGUUUCACCAAACUGAGGCCUUCAGACUGCUGGCUCAGUACUUCCAAUACCGCCAAUUAAAUCUGGAUAUGUUCAAAAACUUCAAGGCUGAUGAUCCAGGAAUCAAACGGGCUCUGACAGAUGGGUUCCCGGGAGUACUGGAAAAUCGCGACCACUGUGGCAGGAAGAUUCUUCUGCUUUUUGCAGCCAACUGGGAUCAGAGUAGGAACUCCUUCAUAGAUAUCCUUCGGGCUAUUCUGCUUUCCUUGGAAGUACUCAUUGAAGAUCAGGAGCUUCAGAUAAAUGGCUUCAUUCUAAUUAUAGACUGGAGCAACUUCUCCUUCAAGCAAGCCUCCAAGCUGACACCAUCUAUCCUCAAACUGGCCAUUGAAGGGUUACAGGACAGCUUUCCUGCACGUUUUGGAGGAGUCCAUUUUGUCAAUCAGCCCUGGUACAUCCAUGCCCUGUACACGCUAAUCAAACCGUUCCUCAAAGACAAGACAAGGAAAAGGAUCUUUCUUCACGGUAACAACCUGAACAGCCUUCACCAGCUAAUACACCCUGAAUGCCUGCCCUCUGAAUUUGGGGGGACUCUGCCUCCCUACGACAUGGGGACGUGGGCUCGAACAUUACUGGGUCCCGACUACAGCGAUGAGAACGAGUACACCCACACCUCCUACAACGCCAUGCACGUGAAGCACGCGUCCUCCAGCCUGGAGAGGGAGGCCUCCCCCAAACCCAUGAAAAGGUCCCAGUCUGUGGUGGAAGCCGGCACGCUGAAACACGAGGAUCAGGGGGAAAGUGAGAACACCCAGCCGCUGCUGGCUCUGGACUGAGCUCUCACGUGCCCAGGGGAGACCCACGAACAGACCUCCACCGUACAGAACCCCACGAGCACACCACACACAGACACGCACGCACACACGCGUUUCGCUCGGUAACAAGUCCUUCGUGUUUCCUGACCAAGUAACAACUGUCACCAGCCAUCUGUCCAUGCGGCCGGCGCUGAACAAGAACUGAGAAACUUCUACUGACACAGGAGGCUGUCCAUAUACAAAGAAUUGGAUUUCUUCUUUCUUUUUUUUUUUUUCCACUUUGAUUUGUGACAUUAAAUUGUUGGAAAUGGUGGGACUGCAUUCUCUGUUUAAAGAAACCAGGGUGUGUUAAUAGUGUUCCUGAAGACUCCAUCAGGGAUGAUCAUUUUAUAGAAGUGAAGAUUGUAAGAGUUUUAAAGAAAAGCAUCUCAAAUUUCACACUGUAAUCAGCAAGUGUAGUCUGGGUUAGAGGGCAGAAUCAUCAGCAUCUAUAGGGUAUUUGAGUUUUACAGAAGGAUUUCACAUUUAAAAAAGAACCCCAAUGCCAGCAUAAUGCCAUUCAACGUGACACUUUGUGACUGACUCAUCCAUGCAGCUUAUACGGGGGUCACAUUUCAGUAUCUAGCAAAAAUUGGUCUUAACUUUUGAAACCCUUAUAAAGCUGUCAGCUAAGUGGAAUGAGCUGUGUGAGCAGCAGACACACAGAAUUUGAAAGGCAAUUAGUUGAUUUUAGUAAUGAUUAACAUUUCCACAGGCAACUCAGGAGCCUAGAAGACAUGUGCAUGUGUGUGCACGUGUGAAGGGGGUGGUUCCAUGGAGACACACUGGACAAAUUCAACAGUGAUUAGUGGUUCAAUCUAGAUUGCUUCAUUUAGGUCACAACAGCAAGGAAAGCUUUCCAGAGCCAUUUACCCCCUUCCCUCCUGCAGUCAGGGAAAAGUGUAGCCAGAAAGGUGUGCUGAUUGCAGAUGUGGGCCAUGGUUAAAAUGGAAAAGAAAAACUUAGAAUUAAUUAUUCAGAACAAGUUUCUGCUAGAAGGAAAUGUUGAAGAAUAGGAGAACUGAAAUGCCAAAGAUCAGUUUGUUAUAUCUCUGUUUGCUCUAGCUGCAAAGAGAGUACCAUCCCUUCAUUGAAAUGGAAACCAGAUUAAAGAAAUAAAAGAACAAUCAUUAUCAAAUUGCAUGUGCAGUGACUUUAUUUCCUAAAACAGUUACAAUCACUGUACACACUUUAAAUCUUCAAUUAAAUUGCCAUACAUUGACAACUUACUAGAACAAGCACUUGGCAACAAUAUAUCAAAGGUAGCAGUGUAAACCAUACAUACAAAAUGAGAUGAUAAUGGGCACAAGGGCUUUUAAUGUGCACUGGAACACCCACUGAAUUCUCAAGUGUUAGGCUGAAGUGAUGACAUUGUUCAAGUGGACAUGGCCAGCCCUAAAAGAUGGACUAACAAAAUACUGCCUUUAUCUACAAUGACAUUUUAUGCCUGCACAG